UUAAUAUUCAAACUUCUCGUCUAGCAUCUCGUCCAAUUAAUAAAAUUUCUUAAUGAAUUUUAUCCUUGAUCUAUAAAUUUAAAAAUAUCGAUAAUUUUAAACAGAAAAAUCCGAUAAAAAUUUAUUAUAUAAUAUAUAUCAUAAACAAAGAAGAUAUAUUACAACUUGGGAAUUCUCAACUUCAAACUUCAAUCUUUUUAAAAUUACAAUAACAAUUCGAUACACUGUUUGUUUUUACGCUACUAGUACCAAUGUUCACACAUCUCUCUUUUCGUUAUUUUUUUACACAUUUUUCACCCCUCGCACAAUUCCAUCCGUUCAAUCCUUUUUCCCCUGAAAACAUGAGUUACUCGUUUAACGAUAAACAAUCUUAUCAAAAUCCCAUUUUCACAUACUAAGUAUUAGUGUAUCUCCAGGAUCGAUACAUUCAAGCAAUUCAUCGAGGCGAAUUUGUCAUGGGGGAAAUCAGGUCAACCGCCACCGUUUAACGAUUACUUCGAUCUUAAUGAUCCACAUUCGGCUCAAUUGCAAAACAGAUACUAUCAAAUAGAAAAUAAUACGCAAUUGGAGAGAUUCAUAAUGGAAGGUAAUUAUGCAAUUCUGGGCAAAAUAAUCGAAACGUGUUUUGUUCCGACCGAUUAUAUAACAACUGAAAAUCUCAAGAAUUAUAGAUUGAUGAGAGAAUCGUUGGCACACUUUUACGCUGCUUUCGCAAUUCAACCACGGCUACUGAAGCCUAUAAAUGAAAUGAUUCUAUGGUUGAAGGAGACCGGUAUUGUUAUUUGGCAUUUACGCGAUGUCAUACGGAGACGAGGUAAUUAUAAUUUUCGCCAAGUUUUCAUUGAACGUGACAGAUACGAUGGAAGCGUGCAAGUUCUUGGAUUGACGCCGCUUGGCGCCGGAUUUUCACUCUUACUCGUCGGAUUUUUUAUAGCUACGUUGAUAUUUUGUUUGGAAUUAUUUAAUAUUAAUUGGAAACAAAUCAUUGAGAAAAUAUCCGUCCUUCGCGUUCUUCGAGAUAGAACAAUAUGAAUAAAAACAUUAUUCACGAAAAUAAAUAUGUGAUGAGCAAAAUAUAUUAAAUAAGUUAAUUGAUUUCAAGGUUACUUCACUUUGAUCAAUUUAGUGGAAAAAAUAAGAAAAUUAUUUGUCAUUGCGUAUAUAAUACAUAUUUCUCUAUGUUAUCGCUUCAUUUUUUCCAAUAAUUAUUUAUGUAUUUUUUUAAUUAUCGUGAUUCAAUUAUCGAUCGGUUGAAAAGUAAUAUACACGUAUAUUACGUGUAAGUGUGAGAUAAAGAUUAUUAUAUGUCAUUGAAAUAUAAGUUAUAUUUUUUUAUAUUUUUAAAAAUCAUAAUUUUGAUUUUUACGAUAAAUCUAUGAGAUAAAUCUAUAUACUUUAAUCGCAUAUAAUGAAGAUUGAUAAAUAUUGAUUGAUUAUAAUCGACACUGUAUAAUUAUAACAUCAUCGUAAUUUUCAAUUUUUUUCGUAUUUAAAAUGCUAAAUAUAUAUAUAUGUAUAUAUAUAAUUACUAAAUAAAUAAGCUAUUUCUCCUAAAUGGGAAAUAUGUUGAAAAAUAA